GCCGCGCCUGCUGGCUGCGCCCGUCGGGUUGUCUGUGCCCUACGCGAUGGCUGCCUCGCGAUUCACGGGGCUGCCGCCCCGAGACGGGGCCGAAGCACUGCCGGGCGUGCCAUGGACAAGCCCUUGCCAUGCGGCAGACGUGGUGGAGGUCCAGCUGGAGAUCCGCCGCUUGAUGGCUGGGCAGACGGCCCAGACGGUGGCUCCUCCGCUGGAAGCUCCCGCGGACCCGCGCAGCGCUCGCGUCGAGGCGCCGCAGCUGUUCGCCGGCAAG